GCGUGUUGGUCAAUGUAUAUAAAUACUCUGUUUUAGAAACGGACAACCCUAAAAGGAGCAAAACAAAAAAAAAAACAGAACAAGAGGACGAAAAAAAUGAAGACAACGACAACAAUGCUCUUGUGUCUCAUCACGAUGCUCCUAAUAGCCUCCGCACAUUCCAAGGAAGAAACGGCUAUGCGUCUCGACAUGAAGCACCGUGACUCACUCUCACCGAAUCCGUCACCUUACCAUCGCAUCGAAGACAUUAUGGGCAUGGACCAGAAGCGUCACAACGUCAUUUCUCAGAAAAUAAAAACAACUAAAGGUGGAGUGAAAAUGUCGCUGGGAUCAGGUUUCGACUACGGAGCGGCCCAGUAUUUCUCGGAGAUCAUGGUUGGAACGCCGGCGAAGAGGUUCAGGGUGGUGGUGGACACAGGGAGCGAGCUGACAUGGGUGAAUUGUAGGUUCCAUGGGCAAGGGCCAGAGAAACUUGAGAAUCGUCAUGUCUUCAGAGCAGAGAAUUCGUCCAGUUUCAGAAAAGUUGGAUGCAUGACGAAGACUUGUUCGGAAGAUUUGGCUAAACUAUUCUCCAUCGCUAUAUGCCCUACCCCUAGAACUCCAUGCGCAUACGAUUACAGAUAUGUUGAUGGAUCAUCAGCACAAGGUGUAUUCGCUAAGGAGACCUUCACUCUUGGUCUCACCAACGGCAGCGUUACUAGUAUCCGUGGCCUCCUCAUUGGCUGCAGCAGCAACUCCGAAGGUGGUGCCAGCUUCCGUGAAACAGACGGUAUCCUUGGUCUAGCCUUGAGCGAUUACUCCUUCACUGCAAAAGCCACUAACAUCUUCGGAGGCAAAUUCUCAUACUGCCUCGUUGACCAUACCUCACACAAAAACGUCUCCAACUAUCUCAUCUUCGGCUCUACCCCCUCGUCUACCACCACCAAAGCCCCCGCAAGACGAACCACUCGGCUUGAUCUCAGUAUCCUUCCUCCCUUCUACGCCGUCAACAUCGUUGGAAUCUCCAUCGGAGAGGAAAUGCUCAACAUCCCUCCACAAGUAUGGGGCGUAAAGAAAGGUGGUGGGACCAUUUUGGACUCAGGAAGCAGCCUCACGUUCUUAGCUGAGGCCGCGUACAAGGCCGUGGUUACAGGGCUACAGCGUCACCUUGUUGGUGUGAAAAGAAUCAAACCAGAAGGACUACCAAUAGAGUUUUGUUAUUAUACCACCAAGUUCGACGACAGAAAGCUGCCACAACUAACGUUUCAUUUCAAGGGCGGUACUCGUUUCGCUCCUUAUCGUAGAAGCUACCUGAUAAAUGCUGCGCCAGGAAUCAGGUGUUUAGGGUUUGUGGAGGCUAAAGGUGAGGCUACUAAUGUCAUUGGGAAUAUAAUGCAGCAGAAUCAUUUGUGGGAGUUUGAUAUUGCGGCCUCAACUUUGUCUUUUUCUCCUUCUACCUGCCUUUAGAUUGGUGUUUUAUUACUUGACAAAAUUAAAAUUUUUAGUGAAAAAGUAAAUAAUGCUAUCAAAACUUGUUAGAUAGCAUUCAUUUCCUUAAAAUCACUAUUGGGCCUUGUAAAUAAUAGCCUCUUAGUGGGCCGUUGAGAGAGCAGGUUGGGCCCAUCACUUCAUUAGCUUGGUCUUUACUCGUUACUAAGUUUACCCGCUCUGACAAAGAAGGGCUGCUUCUGUGUUACGGUGUUGAGGAAAGUAGGAAUCUGAUGCAUCGUUGUUUCAGUCUCAUGUGCUCUCUUCUCAAAGCAUAUUUGAUGUUUCUUUUUCAUUUUUACAUUCUCUCAACAUUAACAAAACUUGUCGAGUACUCUGUUUUAUACCAAAAGUCACAUCCUUACUUAAAGACCACAUCUUCUAUAAAAACAUACGAUAAUGGUAAAUAUUCAAAUAAUAUCAAGAGUAAAUUAGCUAAAUAUAUUAAUAAAGGUGGGAUAUCAUUGAAUGGAGGGAAAAAAAUUGGAGGAAUAUAGGAUAUGGAGUGCAAAUAGGGAAAAAGUGGUGUAUAGAGAGUACAAAUUCGCUAAUAUCAAUGAUUAUAUAAACAGAGAGAGUGAAGGAAGGAGGAGCCUUGUCUUUGGAACUUGAGUAAAUAAUUGAAAGGGUAGAACUGGGAAAGAAGUUAUAUUUAGGGAUGGGGAGAAUGACCCAAUCCAAUGGGCAUUGACCAAUCCCAUCAUGGCAUCCACUAAAAUGAUGCAAUCAUUAUUGGUGACAGAGAAGCAUCACAUGCUUCAUCAUCAUUCUAUUUGCUUCUACGAACACCAAUCACCAUUUUUUUGUUAUUGUACUCUUCUUUCAAGUCUCAAUACAAAUUUUAAAACAAUAAAAUAAAUAUCUUGGAUAAAAGAUCGGAUAGAGACGAUAUUUUGAAAACCCAAGAGGAUAUUGAAUUUUCCCAUGCACAUUAGUCUUUUUUUGUGGCUAAGAAUGCACAUUAGUCUUAAGUUAUUAUAAGAUAAGUUAAACUCAAAUGAAAAUCAAUUACUAAUUCAAUUUGUCACACCACACAUACAUCAAAAACCCUUAUACAUGUGAUUAUAAUAAAAACCUCACACAAAAGAAAAAAAAAACACAAACUACACCAGCUACCCCAGCUGGUUUAUCUUACAUGGCAAAUUAAAA